AUGUUACACAGUAUUCAGGUUGUCUGGUUAACAUGCUGUCUAAUAAUUCUAUCUCAAUAUUGUUGCGGUGUCGAAAUGAUUCGAGAAAAUGGAUAUUUUCGUAAAUUAGUUGAUGAGCAAUACAUUAAGUUGAAUAACUCAUUGAAUCAUCUACUUGUCAAUAAUCUCUACACCAACUUGAUUUUACCGAAAUCAGAAACAACAUGUUCACGAGAUCUUGGCCAUCUUAUCCUCGGAAUAAUUCAGAAAAAGAGUUGGGCGUUACAAUGGUUAGAUGCUUCAGCGCAUCCACCAGCAGGAAUUACAGGUGGUGCUAUGCAUUGGACUGGAAGUUAUGAUGUUUGUCUAACAUGUGCAGGAUAUAAUACAACAGGAGGGUUACAAUUCCAAGGAUCAUAUUGUACUAUGGUGUUUUACUUGAAUAUUUCAGUACCGAUUGUACCGCAGUUGACUACAACACUUGGACUUUGUAUGCCUAACUCGUGUACAAGUGAAGAGGUGAGAAGUAUUGUCAAUACAACUACAUACUUAUUAUUCCUUGAGAUGAGUCAGAAUGAAAGUUUCUGUCAUCGACCUGUUGAAGAUGUUGAUAAGGAUACAUGGUAUUAUAUCGCUGUAUCUGCAUGUUCAAUACUCACAAUACUUGUUGUAAAUGCUACUGUUAUUGAUCUGUUUUUAUACACCAAAUGGUGCAGAAGAAAUCAGGCCGAGAUAAGUUACACUGGGAUAAAUCAUAUCCAUGAAGAAAAUUCAAAUGAGAAUCUAGGCACCAGUGAAGAUAGCACCCAACGUUUAAUUGAAUCCGAUGGGAUUUUAUAUAAUGAGAAUCAAGUGAAUAGUAUACCGUCAGUUGGGGAAAAACACAACCAGACAUUUUUGGAAUAUCGAAAAUCUAUCCUAGAGAGGUAUCCUCCAAUCAAUGUUGUCUGUGCUUUUUCACUCCCAAUAAACUCUGUCAAACUAUAUGCACAACACAUUAAAGAAGAUACUGAGAAAGAUGAUGGAUCAAAUAGUAUAUCCCUUACAUUUCUUGAUGGAAUUCGAUUUUUAUCAAUGAUCUGGAUUAUUGCAGCACAUAUACUGCUACAUGGAUAUAAGUUAACAAAUAAUUUAAAGUCAUUGGCUGAAGAAUUUCAACACGUAUGGCUAUUUGGCAUAUAUUUUAAUGGACAUUUAUCAUCUGAUGUAUACUUCUUUAUGUCGGGUCUACUAAUGUGUUACAUAUGCCUGCAAAGGUUGUCUCAUGUCAGCGGUAUCAAAAAGCGCAUUCAGUUCUGGUCAAUGGUAGCAUUACAUCGUUUCAUCAGACUUACUCCGGCCUACUUGUUGACUAUAGUCAUCUUCACAGGUUUAUUAAACCACAUAUAUGAUGGACCAUUUUUUCCUCAAGACAUUCAUACACCUGUGAUGGCUAAUUGUCGAAACCACUGGUAUAUUUUGUACUUGAACAAUUUAAUUCAUUCAGAAAGUAUGUGUUUAAAAUGGUCUUGGUACAUUGCAAAUGAUAUACAAUUCACAAUUAUUCUGGCGCCAAUUUUUAUAACCUUACUUAUGUGGAAACGAAUAGCAGGAGUUAUUUUGGCCUUUUCACUAAUCACAACAUCUUGUGCUAUCACUUAUGUUGUAGCUUACAAUAAUUCCUAUAAUAUUAUGCAAAUAGCACAGGAUGAGAUCUAUGUUACACCGUAUACUCGUUGUGGAACAUACAUGAUUGGAAUGUUAACCGGUUGGCUAUUAAACGACUUUCCUAGAAUUAAAAUACGAAAAAUGCUCAAAAAUCAACUUCUACUCGGUUUAUGCGGUUGUUUAAUGAUUGCUUGUCUUUGUAUUUUACCAAUAUUUGGUUCAUAUGGUGUAUUAAGUGGAAUAUUACCUGAAAUGAGUCAGAGAACAGCAGCUUUUUAUUUGGCUUUAGAACGUGUAUCAUUUACUUUAGGAUUAGCAAUAUUAGUUUAUCUCUGUGCAGUUGGAUGGGCAAAACCCAUUUACAAUAUCUUCGCCUGGUCACUUUUUCGCGUACCAGCUCGUCUCACUUAUUGCGCUUAUUUAAUACAUCCAAUUAUUGUCACUAUUUUAAUCGAUGGAACUCAAACUCCGUUUAUCAUAGACCAAUUGAAAACUGUACAACUGACAGCUUCAAUAACAGUAUUUAGUUAUGUCAUGGCCUAUAUUGUUUCAAUGACAACAGAAUAUCCAGUAGCUGCUAUAGAAAACUAUCUUCGUCAUUAA